AUGUCGGCGGCGGUUCCACUGGCAGGGAGGAUUGCCAAGAACCGCCAGCUGAAGUUGCUGGCCGCCCAAAGUCGUCACUUGACCUCCCGUUUUGGCGACAUCUUUGGCGAUGCGCGCGUUCGCACGAGUCGGCGCAAUGAUCGCCACUUCGAAGGUACUGUCUGCUACCCUCUGAGUGGCUCCUGCACGCUUCGUCUGGCCUCGGAGAUGGCGGGGAGUGCCGCGGAGGCCGCGGAGCGUGUACGCGGAGCCGCACUAGCCCUGUUUUCCUCCAAGGCUGACUUACGUCACAUGCUGCAGGCGGUGGAUUCGGACGUGUUUGUGGAGCUCAACGCGACGCUUCGCAGCAUGGACGCCAAGGCGGUGAUUCACCUGGCGCGGGUAAACGACCGUGCGGCGGACCAGUUCGUGGUGACGGUGACCGCGGAACUUCCACUGAACGACGAAGACGCGGCCACCGAAGUUGGCGCGCGAAGGAGCCACGAAUAUGACAUCGUGAGUGAUAUUGCCAUUGGCCGCGGCAGCGGACGCUGCCCGCGCGACGCGAUGAAGCGGGGGUUUGCCGCGUCACUGGCAGAGCUUGAUGACCACGCCGUAGCGGAGCAUCGCGGGAGGGAGGAGGAGGCUUGGCGUUACUUGCAAAGCGUCCAACGUGACGAACUGCAGCAUGACUGGGAGUCGGUGGGCCUGUCAGCAUUUCUCGCAAACUCGUUAAAUGUCGCGGGUUCAGGUGCAGUGAAGUGGCUGCCGCUUCCUGGCGAGACUGAGACGGUGCGGGUUGCAGUUUUGUCGAGGAUCAAGUCCCAGUCGUUGACGCUCACCGCCGGCGACGCCGCAGGCAACGCAACCCUGCUGACGCUGCCGCUUCCCUCGCCACCGUUGGCCUUUCAACGAGUUCUGGUGGGAGAUGACGAAGGCUCCGCACGGCUGCUGUACGCCUCGGCGCUGGCGUGGCCAGCGAGGUGGGUUGUGAGCUCGGUCCUCAUGCAGCUCUGCACUGUCUUGAACGCGGGCGUGCGUGGCGCCGAGGUACUUCCGUGCGGCUUGCGCGGCGCCACGCUGACCUCGCAGGAGACGUCAUUUUUGUCGCUCCGGUCCUUUGUGGAGGCGCACGGCACGCUCCCUGUCAGGCCUGUGCCCUACUCCCUCGAACGCUGCCUCUUCGUCGUGAACACUCGUCUGGCCGCCUGCUUUGCGAGCCAAAAUGAGGGAGUGCAGCUCGGCGGGAGCGGGAUGCCGCGCAUUUGCCUGGGGGUUGCUCCCACCGAGGCAAAGCCGUUGGGGCAGGGGCCCCGGUUGCGGCUGGAGGUGAAGCCCACGGAGGGCGGGGCGGACACGCAGGCCUAUCGAACGUUUGUAGCCGCAGUGUUGCGUGCGGCGAACGCGGCGACCCGGCGAGGGAGGCCGGCAGCGAAGCUGCAUCCAGCUCCGGCCGUCAACGCCGGUUUACUGGGGCGCCUCUGGGGGCUUCUCGCGACAAUGGAGGCGCUGGCGGGGACGCAGCGUGCUGCUUGCAUGCGUGAAAUUUCUCUUUGGUCCCCGGCCGAGAUGCCUUUUAGUGCGCAUGAGCGGCAGAGUAGGCAACAGCUGUUGGGUUUCGUUGCUCAACUCUUCGCUGCCGACGCGCAGGUUGUGGAGGCCGCCUCGGGUGCAGGGAGUCUCCCCAACGUCUUAACUCUCUCCUCGCCGUCGCUGGAGGUUCAGUCACUGCCGUUGUGCCACGUUCUUGAGGCCCCCGACGUGACAUGCAGGGGCCUCCUGCACGACGUCGCGCCCGACGUUGCUGAGGUGGGGUACGCUGCGCGGGACAUCGACCCACGGAGAACGGUGGAGGCGGCAACCGAGCAGCGGGAGCUGCAGCAGGCUUCCUACUACUGUCCCGAUCUGCUUCUUAUGAUUCAAGAGAUUCGGCUUGAGCUGCGCUUGUCGCAGCGGUCGUUUCCAACGCUGGAGUUCUUUCAGAAGGCCGUUCACGACGUCCCGCAGCGGGUGCAGGAGCUUGCGAUGGGGGUCUACGGCGACGUGCCCGUCUACACCCGUGUUGUGGCGCACUGGGGCCCCAACCUGCGCGUGGAGGUGGAAAGCGAUAUGCAAUCGGUGACGGACAAUAACGGCGUCUACUGUUUCCUCUCGCCCCAACACAACCAUAGCGGGCCUCUGCGGUUGCUUUUGUCCGUUGUCUGCGCCAUGUACGGGCGCGUCUUCCCUCAUCGCACGACAUUUCCGCUUAUUGCGCUCAACUCCCCCACCCGGCGUCGUUCGAUUGACUUUUUGCUGUACUCCUGGUUCAUGGCUUCCCCCCAGAUCCGCUGUUUUGAGAUUGGCACACGCACCGCACGGUUGACGGCGGCCACGGCUGCCAUGGCGAGGCAGCGCUCGGACGCCGCGGAGUUGGCCCUCUCAGGCUCCGUGAGCAACUACAUCAUACGCGCCAUGCUUUUCUACGACUUUUGUGGGCAGCGUGUGCUCUUCGCCGAGACGCACGCCGCCACCCUCUGGAGGGCAGUGAGGCACGUCAACGAGCUGGCCGUCUCACUCAACGUCCCCGAGCAGGACGCUUUCCCGCCGCCGGUGAGGCUGCAGCGUGACUCUCGCGGGUUCAAUAUUACGCCGGGCGGCUUUGACUCGGAGGCUGGACUUCUGCUGAGGGCGCUGGUGGGCGCAACACGCUCCAAUGCGCGUGUGUGUUUCGUGCGCACCAAUGACGCUGCCGCCACUUGGCUGGAGGGCACGGUGGAGGUGCAGGUGCCGCUCCGGCAAAUUCGCUGCGCCGCCUCUGUGACAAGGGCAAGGGGCGUGAUCCCGACCCUUGUGGCGGCGUGCCAUGAGGCGCUACGGGUCGCUGCCGGUGAGGAGGCAGCCGGGGCCGCUCUUCGGUCCGCACAGGACGCCGGGCCCCUCAUUCCGCGCGACAACUUUCCGCACUUUUCGGCUCGCUUCUACACCCCCGUCAACCUCCUGGGCGAGGUGUUGCAGGGCGUGGCCGGCAAGUACCACUGCACCUACACGAUUGACUCCCACACACGGGAGGUGGUUUGCCUGCUGCACGUGGCCGCACUGGCAGGGUACGGCAACGCCGCGCCUGAGCGAGUGCCGUUUCCACUUGGCCUUGGCCGAGGCCGCAACAAGCGAAUCGCCUGGGCCACAGCCGCCGCACAGGCCUUACGGACAAACUUUCCUAGCGUUUUGCAGCAGGUGGAGCGUCACAAGCAACUUUGCGAGCUUCUGCACCGCCCCGACGACUUGUGGCGGCUGGGCUGCUGUGAGGGGUUCACAUUCGCCGUGGCGCGGAACAUGGACGCUCUGAGUGGCGGCGGCGGCUACAAGUGCACUGUUGUGCCUCAAAACCCUUUCCAAUUGCAGGAGGUGAAUGCGACGGCGGCGACCUCUGAUGCGGACCCGCCGAAGGUCCUCCUUGAGCACUGUGCGGAUCGAGGCGUGGAUGCCUACCUUACCGCCGCUGACGCCUUGCUGGAUCGCCUGCGGCAGCAGCGACAGGACCCCACUAGCGUUGCCGUGGCAGAUGACGCCUUCACCUUGUGGGACCCCACCGCCAACUACGGCAAGAGCGCGUGGCACGCCUGCUGCGGGGCGUUGGGCGUUGCGUUUGACGGCAGAGUCUCCUUGCGCUUUGAGGGCGGGCGUGGAGAUGCGUGGGAUCGCGAAAGCGAGGCGCCGCUGCGGGUGCAACUCGUGGUGCGCACUUGGAGCCCCGCCGACAAGCGCGUGCUUGAGACGCCACUCCACACGCUCCACGAGCGACGCAUAAUAGAAUACAGUUGCCUUGCGGGAUUGAAUGAGGAGGGAGGGCCGUCAGCGGAGCACCUGCUUUUUGCCUCGACCCGGCUGCUGGCGGAGGCCACUAGUAAGUACGCGGACGAGCACACCAGAAAGUCGCUGGGGCGGCUGCUAAGGCUUCUGCGGCGACUGAGGGAGGAGGAGCAGUGCUGCGUGCGCCUGAGCGCAAAGCGCCGUUUGGAGUCAUGCGCAGAGUUGACGCUCGGUUGCCAGUGCCGCGUGGUGGUUCGCCAGCUGGCCUGCGGUAUGGUGGCCGCCGAGCUGGGUAUGUGGCUGCCGGGGCAGAGCCGCACCUCACGCGUCCCUGUGGUGCUCUCAGCCUGCAAGGAGCCUACUACGACGAAGGCGCUAAAGCGCCUCGAGGACAAAGUGCGGCGUGUAGUGGACUCCCUCUGGGCCACCAUGCUGCGGCCGUGUGCUCGCUGA